UUUUGACUAUCUUUUGAACAUGGUCCGCUUAUCGACAAACCCAUUUGAAAACGCAAUUUUUAGAUUUUAUGAGAUCUUCAAAAACGAUGUCAUAUGUGAAAUCGCAUGCACCGCGCCUGCUCCUCACAAAGAUUUUCAUCACUUGCUAGUUACUACAAAAUCGUUCACUUGGCGUUCGUGGAAGAUUACACCAAGGAAUGAUGGGGCAAAAUAUCGACCAACUGAACAAACUGUUUUGCGUGAAGACUUUUUACAUGAUGACCGAAUUCAAUCCGAAAUACUGCGUGUCCUUGGACCUGAAAUGCUGGACUACUGUCAAAAAGUUGCAUCCGGGCGAGCUGAUUAUUUAGUCAGAAUGCCGACAGAUGUAUUAAUGAAGAUCAUCUCCUCUCUCAAUUUAGAGGAUGUGAUAAAUCUCGGUUACACUUGCAAAUUCAUGAACAAGCUAUGUAACGACGACGAACUGUGGAAAGCAAUCUAUGCCAAGAACUCGGUUAUUCCUGAGAAUGAGACCGUUGAAGAGCUUUCGAAACUCUUUGGAUGGAAGAGACUGUUUUUCACAAACAAACUCCAGUUGCAAGUAAUCAUGCACACACAUGAUAUACAGUGAAUCUUUAUGCGUCUUAUCCGAUGGUUACAGAUGCAGGUUAGAAGGUUGCGGAUAGAACAAACUAGUGGCGGUGGGGAUGAUGAUGUUGGUGUCGAUUCCAAGAGUAGGGAGUCAGGAUUCGGUGAUGCGGAUCUCUACAUUGAAACGCCAACGUUCCAGGGUACGUGAACGCUCCGGCCCCAUUUGUGUGCGUCCUGAAAGUUUUGUUUGCUAUACCGAACGGGUUGUUUCCGCCUAUUUUAGAGCGGCUGCAGUAGAUGGAGGACCCUUUAGCAGCCAUCAGUGCUUAGGGAUUGCGCUGUGUAUGGCCUCCCAUGACCUUCCAACAUCCUGUUUCAUUGUGUUUCUCUACUGUCGUUCAAGUGAUCUGUUUGUUUUUUGCACCACAUACCUAAUGCGAAAAGAAAUAAAUCGGUCCGUUCUACAC